AUGUCACAUUACCAGAACAAUAACACACCGGUGUGCUGGACUACACACUACACACGUUGGACACACAGGACACAAGGUGACGUCACACCAUCCGACUACGUCAGUGACAGCCUAACUAACCGGAACCCUAACCCUGGACUAAACGUUAACCCUAAUCACAUCGAUGUAACUGCCCGGGCAACUAAAAGUGCUGACUCGUGUUUUCCAGAACAUUCGCCUGAUAUCUCUGGUCAGCGUGACACUGUCGUCUGCUUGAAGCACAUCGAUCUUAACGGCCGGGGAGACAAGCAUUUAUCAUCAUUACCUCCCCACUUAUCCCCCCUUAGAAAGGGCUUAGUCUGUGAAUCCGCUGAUCAAACCCAAUACAAUCAAUACACCCCCGCGGCCAGCCCGCCGUCAUUAGAUGCCAAUAACCAAUCAAAUCUCGAGGCCAAACAGGCAACUCUGUCUGCGCUAUUCAGCCCUGAAGAUUUACAUUUUGAUCAGGCUAUCGCCACAGGUUUAAAAGCCUCCCGUCAUCACCCGUCAGCAUUUUCUCCCAGCAGUUUCAACAACAUCCGGUGCAGACCAGCCCAGCCAAUCAGCGAGACUUCCGGUUUUACUCUCGGUCAAGUUUUACCUGUCCAAUCUCCCCCGUGUGGGUCGCGCAUUGACCUUCGCCCCGAACAACACAAUCAACAACAGACUAAUUACCUGCCCAAUCAAGACUCUAUUCUUGACCAGCAUCAUACGUCUGACGUCCCAUGCGUCACACCAACCAUACAGACGUGUUACACCACCUCAGCUACCCACACCCCUCACACCCCUCACACCACUAUCAGCACCUCUCAAAACGGUGACGAAACCUCUAAUCUAGAGAAUUUACGCCACAAUAAAUCUCGCCCUAGUGUACUAAGUAUCACUUCAAGUAAAGCCGACCAAGUUACCCAGCUUACUCGACCAACAGGAAGUGAAGUAGUUGCUGUUUACUCCAACAAUAAAUCAUCACCUGGAACUCAAAAUGGCGCCUCCACUGCCACGCCCCAUGGACCAAUCGUUGAACGAGAAAAAAGUAGUAGAGGGGGGAGUAGGGUGGUGGGGAGGAUUAGGCUUAAGGGAAAUAACCGGGUACGGCUUAUCUCAAGUCGUCGAGAACCUUCUGUGAAAAAUCUAGCAUUAGGACAUGUUAAUGUUAGCGAUGGUGCGAUUAGGACCAAACUAAAACCUGAGCAGCACAUCGUAUCAAGUACACACACCUCUGGUCUACACACAGCUAACACACGUCUUCACGGUGCCAACAAUGCUAUUUAUAGCCUAGAUAUUUGUCCCAACACAGACAACAAUACACGCACAAAAUGUGAAAACACGUUGGACAACUCUGAAAAUGUGAGCAGUGAGCGAGUUACUGUCCAUGUUGUACCACAGUCCCGCCCCGCACGCAGGCCUCAGAAGCUUCACGUGCGACAAACUCGAGCUAGUCUCUUACGUCAGCUGAAAAGUCCGACAACCCACGAAAACAAACAAGAGAAGACAACCCUCUCUUCUGAAGGAACAAGGGAACACAAUUCCUUAAUUAAAAGUAAACUAAGUUUAUCUGAAAUUUGCACUGUGUUAUAUGAAAUACCACCCCGCCCCUCCCACCGAUCUACAACAACCUCCUUGAUCGUUGCCUCCAGUUUACACUCCAUAAAAACAAUGGCGGAGCCUGUUACUAUAAAUAAACCAAAAACUCAGAUCGCGCGGCGUGCGAACAAGAAGCAGUCGAUAACGAAAGAAACUUUCUCAACCAAGGAAACAUCUCAGACAAGACAAACUGUGGGCGCCCCAGCAGGACAAAAUAAACCCCGCCAAGGUAACACGAGGACCGCAGCCAAAACCCCAGGCGAAGACGCGCCUGUAAACAGAACAGUACUCACGCUCGGCUUUCUCCGACAGACCCAGUCCCAGCUCUCGAAAAUCAAAAACCCGACGGCCUCGAAAGGUAAAAUCUCAGGUGAGAUCCACCCAGGUGACGCCGAACUAACGAAUCUCAAACCACAACACAUCGGAGUCAAAGACAGCUCUCAAAUCUCCUCGGGGAAGCUCUCUAAACGCCCGACGGCCACUUCCGGUAGAGCUCAAACAUGUGUAGAAGUUGACAACUCAACAAGCGACACAUGCUCACAAAGUGCUCACGUGGUAUCGCCUAUCCUACGCAAGGCUUCCCGUAAAGAAAACGUUUGUUCCGACUCGGCAGCGAGCAUUAAAUCCCCCAGGUCGAGAAAGAGGCUCAGCAUCCUCGGCGUGACGUCAUUUCCGGAUGUUCUGUCGCCCGUGACGUCGCCCACGCAAUCGGAGCCCAAAAGUCCCUCGUCGGAAAUGGUGAGCUCGUUUAAAUCCGACCAAGAUGUCGGCAAGGAUGUCAUCACCUUGACCUUAACACCCAGGUGCAAAUCAUUGUCACCUUCCCCUGCCCGGAACCAGUCGCCCCAACAUAGCAACCAGUCCCCCCAACAUAGCAACCAGUCACCCCAGGACAGGACCAAGGGUGGUUCCACCAGCCCCGCCCCCUCCCCCAGUCGACCCUACACCACGGACAACUCAGACGCUAAACCAUCACUGCAUGGACCACCAGCACCACAGACAUCCACAUCAACCACAUCAACAACAACCACAUCAUCCACCACCAAAGCCCCACAACUUUCAACUGCUCCCGUAAAGAUCUCCAGCCCAGGAUCUCGGCGAUCCAACAAACUAAAACAACUAUCUCACCGCGACUCCAUGUUGCCUGUGUCUAAACGUCACGUGACUCCCGCUAAAGUCACUUCACUCUCUACCAAAUCUCCCAGACCAAUUACCGAGGCCACAACCAAAUUAACUUUAAUCAAAUCCCUCGAGACUCAACUAAAUACACAAAAACAACUACCCGAGAGCACAAAUAACGCAACUCUUUCAUGUAAACUACAACCGAUGGAUCACUCUGGCAGCGAAGACAGAGCUGUACCGGAGAAUCUGGAAUUAAAACUUGAGACGUCCAAUGUGGCAAGCCAUCGCGAGAAGACCGACAACACCUUUAUCGACCCGAGUCAUGUGAUGUCUGCUUCUCAAGCCUCACAACUGUCUCUGCGCGCUCAACCUCGUGAUUCUAAAAAUAGGCAUGACGCUGGUUCAACUGCCGGCAUGGACGAAACACGGCAAAUAACUAUCGAUCCGGUUCAUGCCGGCGACCGCCGCCUGCCGGCUGAUUCCGGCAUCAAUCUCACGUCAAAGUGUUCCAGAGAGAGCGCUACAUCAGCUGAAAGUGCCGAGGUCAGUAAAAGUGCGGGUCAACUCAGGGAGGGUGGGGAGAGGGGCAAGGAACCGCUGAGGUUCAAGAAAAAUGUUAAAGAGAACAGAAACCUUCGCGUCAGAGAAACUAGUCACGUGAUGCCCGGGGAGGGGGGAAACAAAGAUCUGCAGACGUCUAGUGAUGGACAAGGGAGAGCCACCAAACUACCCUCAGCCUCGAAACCAAAAACUGACAAGACCUCACCCACCAACCCGAGUCUAAACAUCGACUCCCAGCUGUUAAGGUCUCGACUCAAAGAGCUCUCCACGCAGAAGAGUCUAAAAGACUCCCAGCUGUUGAAAUCUCGACUUCAGGACCUCUCGACUCUGCCUCCUACACGACGCCUUAUGAAAACCUCGACCAAAACCUUCCUGCCUACGUCAUCAAAAUCUGCUGUCGGAUCUCGCGCCACUACGCGGGAGAGUUCCGUCGACAGCCGGUUUGAUGACGACACGGCUUCUGUCGUGUCGGACAUCACCUACACGUCAGCUUACACCCGUCCCAUCAGCUCCCGCCGUAGUAAACCUGCACCUCCCCGCCACCCCCUGCCCGUCCCACCCCCCGACUCCCCCAAAAAGAAAACACCCCCGCCACCAAAUAAACAACCAGCAAACAAAACGUCUGCACUCACUUCUGCCCUACGGCCAGCAUCAACAAAGUUCCCAGCUAAAACCGACCCAGGUCCCACAUUAACUUCCAGCACGGGAACCUUGCCAGGUAAAACUUUAAAGAAAACUUUUCUGGCCAAAACCGAAAGUCUGGAAGAUAAAAAGAAACGGCAAAUAAAAUCGUGCGGUGCAAGGGCAGUAACUCAAAAAGAAAACCCAGUCAUUAAGCGAACAGGAGUUGCUCAUGAAAAGAUGGGAAGGUUGAAUGAGGUGGAGAGUCCCGGUGUGAUAUCUUCUGAAAAUAGGAUAACAGCUUCAACAACCAAUCGCAUCGUUGCUGACAUAAAACAUGUAGAUGAUGUUGGUGAGGAAACUACUGACUCUCCAACACUUGAUACAUGUGAUUUACACUCGACUGAUUCUUCACAGUACAAUGAUCACGAUCGUGACAAUCACCAAGGAGAGUAUCACGAUCGUGACAUGCUAAAUGACUGUUGUCACGAUAGUCACAUAGAACGUAACAGUUUCCACGAUAGUGACUCGCAAAAAACUAAUUUUACACAGAUAUGUGACGAAGCUGAAGACGAAAGGGAAAUAACCGAUGAAAUAAAAAAUGACGAGUUAUCCCCCUCGCCGGGCUCACUCAAUGCAAUAAUUCCCUCAUCUUUGUGUGCCCCCACCCCUGCUAUCUCCGACUCUGAUAGUCAAGGUAAACACGACUGCUCAUCACCUCUCUCGGACUCUGCACGUGCGAAUGAACGCGCGAGGGAAACCCCCUCAUCUGAGGCUCCUCUCCCAGUCGGGGUCCAGAAAUCGGAACACUCCGACGGACCCAUCUCCGAAACACGGGCAGGGGAGGGAGCGGCACGGCAACUCGUGGGAGCGGCUUUUAUCUCGCCCUCCGUACCGGCGCUGGGACUGUACGCCGCUGCCGUUCACAUGGACGAGUCGCCGGGGAAGACACAAAGAAAUGAUGGGCGAAUACACGAGCAAGGGGAGGCUACACGGUCCAUGCGAGGGGAGGUAAUUCACUCCCCUCUACUCUCCACUGUUCUUUGUCAGGCUGUAGACGGGGAGACGGUACAAAAUGACCUGAACUCAUGGACGGACGAUGACCCGAUGGACGGCCAGGAGAUUUUGGAUUAUUCUGAGGAUUAUCUGUGUGAAAAUUCGAACCGGAUUAACUCUCAAGGAUUUAUCAGUAAUGAGUUGAUUUAUUUUUCUUGCCACGAGAACCUUCACGGUUCAGUGGCCGCGGACCAUGUGUGUGGUCAGCCUGACCAGAUGGAGGAGGGAACUGCUACAGACGGUCAUCCCAACUCCCAGGCCACAACACAAGAAGACAGGGACCAUAACUCGGACACUUGUGAAAAACGUGAAACCGUCCAGUAUUUGAAGAAAGAAUCGUCCCAUAGAACUAGGUCAAGUGGUAGUGGCCAAUCAAAUUGUGACGUCAUUGACGCUGACCUCAGUAUUGAUCCCUCGGAGCAUCAAAAAUUCACCCUCGCUUCCAUUAAAAGUUUGUCAGGGGCGGGUUCAGAGUUCAUAGCAUUACACAAUGAGGAAAAUAUCAUGAUAGACGACAUCGAUUCGUCGGAUUUCGAGGAAGAACUGGAGAUUUUGGCAACGAAAGAUGGCGAAGAGAGUGACAGUAUCGAUACCACCCCGCUGUCAAAUCGAGGCUCUCAGGACGAUAAAUUACUCUCGACGAAAUCAUUCUCGGAAUCGAGCGACGGGACCUCGCGAGAUGACCUAGUGUCCUACUCAGCCACCACGAACUCCGAGGUCCGGUGUGGCAGCAGGGAGGAGACAGCCGACGACAGCCCUGAAGCAGCAGGGCUGUACCUGCUUGAUAAUCUCCCGCACAAGACCUUCAGCGAUUACAGCCUAAACAACACCGCAUUCGAUACCGCCAUGGGGAGUAUGCUGAUGGCUGACUCGGACGAAAAAGAAGACGACGAUGAGUUUGUAGAUAACACCAUUCCAGACGAUAAUGACGCAAUAGAGGACUACAAAAACUUGGACAGUGAGUCAUCGUGCUCCGAGUCGAGUUUCCAAUCCGCUACGUCAGAUAUAUUAAUGGCGGCGGCGUCCCCCGCAACGGAGGAGCUGGCGUAUUUUGAGGGGUGUGGGACGAGCAAGGCAGGGGAGGGCAUGGCGAAGCUGAUAGCGUCAGAUACCGAGGCGCUGGGUGCCGGCAGUUGGAGGGAUGCGCAUGACACACCGGAGCGUGAAUGUAAUGUGACGUCAGAUGAGAGCACGGAGGAUACGCUACACGCUAACACGGAGGAUACGCUACACGGUGUGUUCGGCUCGUCCACGCCUCGGCGCAGCCUGGAUUUGAACCCAAGGUAUGAGAACACUUUAUCCUCGCCCAUCCCCCAGCAAGCACCAACUCCAUACUUUGACAGCUCGGAUAUGCCGUACGUUCCUUAUCUAACUCGCUCACCGUCCUCAUCGACUCGAACAUCGCUAGUAUUAUCACCCGCAUGCCACAUGGACAACAACGCCUCUUCACUAACGUCGCUCCUGCAUCUUCAACUCAACACGGAGGGUCAAGGUCAUUUACAGCCUGACCUAAAACCACAACAAACCCCGCCCUCCCCGUCCGUUGACCCGACCGGCGCGGGAUCUAAUAACAUCCCCCAGCGGUCAAACUCUCCGGGGGGCGGGGCGAGCAGUGACCCCGUUAUUCGUCUUUCUUCUCCCUCCAAUACAUCUCCAUUUACCUUUUGCUCAAGUGUGCAUUCACAAAUCAACACGCCAGAAUCUUUUGGAUGUAACGGCACUACAGAUAACUCCACGGAAUUAACGUCUUCAUCUGUGAAUAAGGAGAAAAGACGAUCUCGACAACAAAGAAUAGCUGACAACCAGGUCACCCCCUCCCUCCUCCCCUCCCGUUCCCUAUCCCUAGAACCAAAACGCUCUUCCAAAACGACCACAAUAUCGGAACCGCGUAGUCGGUCCCCGUCCAUUUUUUCGACUUCUCUAAUAAUCGAUACCGAUUCCCACAAAUUGAACCAACGAGGCAAGCAGCUCAUCGGAACUUCGAGGAUCUCAGUUUUAAAAGCCAGAUCUCAAGAACGUGAAUCUCAGAUCUCGUCUGUCACCGCUCACAGGGACGGGCCGGCCACCCCCGCCCAGUCGUCACCAUGCCCGGCAGCGCACCCCACCACAGCACACCCCACCACUAACGGCUCGGUGAAACAAAAACCCGCUCAAGUGAACGAAACAAACCAAAAAUCUUCACCGGCAAAGUUAAAAACCUCGCUCACCAAACCAAACGAGCGACCGUCUGGUCGUCACACAGCCCUCGCCAGACCAGCCACAACAACCAGUACCACAGCAACAACAACCAGUGCCACAACAACAAGCUUGAAAAAACAGCGCAACGAGCCAUCCAGCGCCUCGCUAACUGGCCAAAAACUGACCAAAUCAUCGUCCACCUCACACAAAGUAACAGCUAUAAAUAGAACCACGCCCAAGUCCGCCGAGCUACGAGUGAACAGGGACAAAGAUACCACGCUGGACGCUGGUCGACGGAAAGUAGAACACACGGCCAACCAGCACACGACCAACCAACACACCGUUACAGAAAACAAACAAACGCAGCGUGGCGACCUCUGCGAUGAAAACAACGCCGUGUCGCGUGACCUUUGCACUUUUAAACCGCCGCCACCGGAUACCCCUACGCAAUGUAUGGACACUAAAACUUCAUCAAAGAUGAACGAAACGACAGAAAAUAGUUCCACGCAUUCGCGACAUGACGUCAUCCAUUCACGGCUGAUCACACAGAUGGAUAUACUAACAUCCAGCUUGGGGGAGUAUGGAUUCUCCCCCAUAGAUGAUAGCCUAUCGGAUACCAUCCCAAAAGACAGCAUAACGGGUCAAGAUGACCUACCGGACAUAAAGACCAGCUUGUUCGAGAGCGGCUACUCCUCGGAUAUCAAAUCACCGGAAAUGACGUCACCGACACAAGACAUGGAGGACAACUCGAAGCUAGAGAUGGACACAGUGACGUCACUGGACGUUAACCUUGAAGCAACUUCUGCUGUAACAGGCGUAUACAGCGGCAAACACACGGAACCAGUCAUCGUGCUGACCUCUUUAUCGGGCGGCCCGACACACGGGGCAAACUUCAGCACCCUGGAGCUGGGCGGUAGAGACGAGAAAAUAUUGCAGGAAGUCUCACACGGGCUCCUAUCUCGCUUAUCGCCCAGCCUCGAGUCGAGAUUAACGCAGAGCUGCACACAAACACGAGAAAUAUGCACAUUUCCUGGGGGCAGGGGCGGCACACGUCAGGACAGGGGCGGCACAGACUUGGGUUCCAGUCCUGAAACGUGCGCCCCUGGACGUGAGUUAAACAGUACUCACCAUAAAGUAUCCGCCCCCUGUCACGAUAGCUCCAACAGUCACAUGACCGAGGUAAACAAACCACAAGCUACUUCUCGUGCACACACGGAUACUACUCACCCUCAAUCUACCUUCGCUGGAGAUAUCAAAGGUCACGAGGGCCAACCAUACGUCACUGAAAUUAAAUCCCGUGAUAAAUCACACAAUCAAAACAUUUCAGUCCCGCCCCCGCCCUGCACACAGCACACAGAGCUCGUGAGCCAGAGUCUUACCAUGGACUCAGCACACGUGCAGAACUUUCCAUUUAUAGAUGACGACAUCUUUACAAAAACUGGUUUCCAUAUUUCGCACAAUGAGGCGCUUCAUCUCCCAGAGGCUAACGAACAACACGGCGAUUCAAGCGAGAGGCACGACAACAGCCACCAACCCCAACACAUAAAAAGUUGGAACAAUUUGAAUGAAAAAAUUGAUGAAACCGUUUUUACUCACCCUGAGAAAUGUGUUGUUGAUUCUAAUUUUACCGCGGCGCAGGAUUCCGACAAGUGUGAUACCCACGGGGAUAAAAAGUCUGAGAUUAGUUCAGCCUUGGUGAUAAACAAUAUCACGGGCGAGCGCGUGCUUCCGAGUGAGUCAUUACGUGACCAGGAGGAGAAUGUAUCAAACACAGACUUAAGGCAGGGGAUGUGUGUACAGACAGCCGGCGGUUGUACCAGCGGAUCUGUGGAAUGCUGCGGCCCGACUAGACAUUGUUCUGACGACCCACGGGGUUAUGGAACACCUGGGGGUCAGCUGUCAUCACCCCGUGCAUUACCCGCGCCUGGCGUGGUAGCGGGCAGCUGUCAGGUCACUGCCAGGGUUGGCGUGUGUCAUGUGGCAGUAGACGAGAUCACGUCUGGCUGGUCUGCAGGUAAACCCACCAGCGCCCCGGAUCUUGUGGACUUAAUUCCUGCCUCGUUACAAGAAGGGAACCGUGCUUGUUCUGUGUUUCAUAGACCCGUGGAUACUACCCAGGAGUUUCCCCACCCCCUGUCUCCACAAUGUUCCCAGACCAUCGACUCUAAUAUGGCGGAGACAAACCCUGCGAGGAUUACAAAGUGCGGUAUUUCUUGCGGUAACCAGGACACAGUAACUUCGGUAAACCAAGUCGUUGAGGUAAGACCUCGCUUUACUUUGUUCACACAUCCACCCGGCAAGCAAUACGGCUCACUUGAAGUAGAUGACCAACACACUGACCGGUCUGGUGGUCAUGAUGUGGUCACUCGCAGCAAGACCAUCAAAUCGCCACCACCCACAGCACCAAAACCUGACAUGCAACUUGUGCACGCCACCCACCAGUGGGAACUACACCACCGAAUCGACACAGACACUAAGCAAGCACCUGUCUUGUACAACAAGAAACCAGACAAGCACCCACACGAUUCCAACACACAGGAACUACAAUCAAACACACACAACCUCGGUACCAGAGUGGAAGUCUCAGAGAAAAAGAACUUAUAUUUCAAUAAAUCCGAUAAAUUCGACAAUAAAACAGAAAUACACCGAUCUUACAGUACCGACACCGGAAUUAGAAAUAUAACCACCGUGUAUUUUGAAAAAGGUAACGAAAUAGUAGACAGUAAGUUAAAGACUUCUGUGAGCGAGAGUGCCAAGCUGGUGUAUAAAGACCAGGAUCCGGUCUAUGUUCCAUCUGACGACACGAGAAACCCCAAGACGUGCGGGGGUUUCAACUUCCAGAGGUGGAACACGCUCAGUGCCUGCACGCUACCCAAACCGGACCAUCUGGAGCCGCACAAACUGAGCCCGUCCCCCCACCCGGACCACCCCCCAAAAGAAAAGAGCCCGUUUAUUCUGGAGAAAGUUUGUGAACUGUUGAGCAAGAUCUCCUCUAAGGAACCAGCGGAGAUAGCCCGCUCCAAAUCCCCACGACAAGCCACCUAG